UCGUAGUUCGCAUACCAAGGACGCUUGUCGUUAGAAACAAGUGCUCGACAGGUCAGAAGUGGUGAUCGGUGUAGUUCAACUUUCAGAGAAUCAACAUGGCAGAGACAAUGGCAGGCUACAAUAAAGAUGAUCUUCUGAAACAGGCUCAGAAUAUCUGGACGAUGCUGGAUGAUAUGGCGACAAACAACCCCCAAGGCUACAAACAAUUUAUGGACAAACAGAUGAAGGAAGGAAAAGAGGCCAUGGCGCCACCCAAACCACACAUGGUUGUCAAGACAACGGUGCUGAAACCUGAUAAAGAUGAACUGUACAUCAAUUUUUGUUCAUGGCCAAGAGUUCCAGGUCCUAAAACUCCAAAUGAUGCUGUUCCUGUGAUUGGAGUACCCAUUGAAAAGAUGAAAGACAAAACAGAAAGCUACAGUCUGACAUCAGUGGCCUUCAAUCCGAAAGUGUUAGACAACUACGGCCGAGAUUCUUCCAACUUGACUGAUCGAGACACCCUCAUUAAUUUAGCCAUGGACUAUAUUGAAGAUCAACAGAAGGUCAAACUGAAUCAUCAGUACACAAUCCUUGACAGAGACACACCUCACAAAGGUUGCCUAAAACGCAUCGAAAAGAGUUUUACAUCCAAGAGUAAAGACGAUAAAGAAUUUGAGUCAAAUCUUGAAAACCUUGAAAAAUCCUUUAGCCCUUUUGGGCCUGGUGGGAAAGAUAAGUUAAUGGAAGCAUUAGCCAAUAUCAGUGUUGGAGACAGCCAAUCAGAAUCACAUGUUCCCAAAUCUGACCAAUCACAAAUCAGAAUGCCAUUUGAGGACAAAACUGCAACAAGGUCGAACUUGAUUGAAGAAAUAGCAUCAGAUGUUGUGUUAUUAAAGAAACCUGAGUAUAGCAUGGAAACCGUUGAUGUGGACAGUGGAAAAUGUGUGCAGGUGAAAAUUUCUUUACCGGAAGUGACCAGUGUCCAGGAGUGUGAAUUAGAAAUAUCCCAGGAUGAUCUGUCUCUGCUAGUUCCGGAUAGGUACGAGCUUCAUCUGCAACUUCCGCAUCCUGUUGAUGAGGAGCAGGCCACAGCCAAGUUCAACAAGAAACAUUCCUCACUCAAUAUCACCAUGCCAUGCUCACAGUGAUCAACUCAAGGUCACAGCCACAGUCAUCAUCUCAGUGAUCAGCUCAAGGCCACAGCCAAGUUCAACAAGAAACAUUCCUCACUCAAUAUCACCAUGCCAUGGUCUCAGUGAUCAA